GGUCCAGAAGUUUACACAACGACUGCCCAGCCCCGCGAUCACAAAUAACCUUUUUAUCACGUCUUUGCUGCUCGUUCGCGAGAAUGUGGUCCUGGUUGCCUCCAGAGCUGAAGAAACGCGUUGCGAGCUUUCUGCAUUGCAACGACUGCUCUCUUUCGCUCAAGCUGGUUGACGUUGAUACCGCGGCAGCCCUACGCGAUGACUACCGAAUGAUACAGCUUGCUGCGACCCCAGAGAGACGGGUUGAGAGGGAUCAGCCGCACAGGGGUUGCAUACCGUGGCCCGGGCACGCUUUUGUGGCACACUGGGGCCGCCCCGAGCCCUGGCGCGCGCUCGCACUGCGCAAGCGCGAGCGCCUGUUGUGCCUGGCUGCCUCCUCUGGCCACGCACCCAGCCUGAACGCAGCUCUGGAGCACUGCGGCUGCCAUGUUCCUCUGGCGGCGUUGCCCUCGGCGGCCGCAGCUGGUCACGUGGAGGCCUGCGGGCGGCUGCGGGAGCGGCUUGCCGCAGAGGAGCACCAAGGGUGGGGCUUGUCGGCAGCUGUGCACGCGGCGGCUAAGGCGGGCCACAGCGCAGUGCUUGCGCUGCUGCUUGGACCGACUGAGAUGUACUGCAGCGAUGCAGCUCUGGGCGCGUGUGCUGGCGGCCACUUGAACCUGUUGUCACAGCUGCAAGAGCGUUACCGCUGCUUCCGAACCGACAAAUGUGAGUUUGCCAUGUCAGCGGCGUCGGCAGGACAGACCCAGGUUCUCGAGGCGCUGCUGCCGUUGCAGCAAGCGCGCUGGGAGGCUGCGGCUGCGGCUACUAUCGUAGGGGCCGGGGCGGGCGCUGCGGCGGGCGCGGAGCAGGCCGAACAGCAGCUUGUUGAGUUGCAUCGUAUGCUGCCGAAAGUGGAGCAGCAUUAUUUGCUGAUGUCAAUUGCGAGGGGCUGCCCCGUGGCGGUGCUGCAGCGGCACUUUGACGGCCUGUGGCCCUGGGGCCUCGUGCCUGGUGCUGCGGCAGCGGCUGGCGCCGCGCAGCACCAGGCGGGCGAGCCAGGUCCUUUCGGUAUUCCUCUCACGGAGCGUUUGGUGCGCCUGUUGGCAGCCGUAAUUCACAGCCCCACGUCCUGCUGGGCCGCCAAGCUGGAUUUCCUCAUCUGCCGCUGGGGGGCGGAGCUGACUGGGAAGGUGCUGCGAGGCGAGCUCGAUGGGGCUUACUCCUAUGUGGAGACGGGGCCCCACACGCCCGACUUCACAGCGCGGGUGCGGCGCCUGUACGCGGCCGGCAUGCGCCCGGCGGCCGCCGGCACUCCUGCCGGCGUGAGCCGGCUGCGGCUCCCAGAGAUGCUUGCGGCUACGGCUGUGCAUUGGGGCGACGCGGAUGCGCUGGCCUUCCUGUGGGAUGAGUGCGGCUUGGCGAUGCCGGCUAGGAUCUGGACGCGGUUGCUCAUGUGCGCGGACGGCGACACGCAAGGGCUGCUGGCCGUGCUGCGGCUGCUGCAGCGCCGCGGCCAGGCCUUUACCCUAAAGGAUUUGGUUGUCGGUGCGUCAUCAUGCGACAGGGUUCGCAGCGAGCUGCUGGUGGUGCAGCUUAUAGAGGCGACUGUUGACGGGGCAGCGGACCCGGUUGCGGCUAAACAGCACUGGACGCGUGUGUUCAGGUGCCUGGCGCACAUCGGCGCCGGCAUACCCGUCCUGCACGCUUUGCGGGCGCGGGGCGCGGCGGUGGACCUGUGCGCGGUGGCAGUUGGCGGAAGCGAGGAGGCGCUGGAGUGGGCAGCGGCGGAGCUGGAGGCGGCAGCGGGGCGAGGAGAGGCAGGCCUGAAGGCCCUGACGCACUCGGAGGCUGCGCGGGUGACUGCCGCCGGCAACUUCGCCACCCGCCGGUGGCUGGAGGCACGUGGGCUGCUCGGCGGCGGUGGUGGGGAGCGAGGCGGGGAGGACGAAGCGGAAGAAGGAACAGAGGAGGACAAUGAGGAGGAGGAGGAGGAGGAGGAGCAGGAGCCGGAGGAGGGGGAUUAGACUGAGGAGGGGGUUGGUAAUGAGAAGAAGGAACGGAUGGAGCGGAUGAGGCGGAUGAGGCAAUCCAGCUUGGCUGGAGCAAGACGACAAGCAUGAUGGAGAGGAUAGUGGGGACAUUGCUGAACGCCUGAACCUGACCAGUUCAAAUUGAAACUCGUAUGCUAAGAUGAGGAUCAUACUGGA